ACUUCCGAAUGAUCGACGUGUCUCGCGGCCACGAAUUCUGUCACAAGUCACAAGUGUACAAUGAGGCUCGUAAAUAGGUUAUUUUGUUUGCUCUUCGUGUUUGCCGGCGCAAAUGCUGGUGGCCCGACCCUCGUCUUAUUGGACAAUCUCGCAAUUAAAGAAACACACUCCAUAUUUUUCAAGACGUUACAAGACAGUGGCUAUGUAUUGACUUUCAAAUCAGCUGAUGAUGCAAAUCUACAACUCUCCAAAUAUGGUGAAUAUUUAUAUGAACACCUAAUAAUAUUUGCACCCACAGUCGAAGAGUUUGGUGGUGCUUUAAGUGUGGAAGCGAUAACAGAAUUCAUCGAUGGUGGUGGAAAUGUUCUGAUUGCUGGCUCCUCACAAUCUGGUGAUGCUUUGCACGAAUUAGCCUCGGAAUGUGGCUUGGAGAUAGAUGAAGAAGGCUCCAAUGUGAUUGAUCAUAUGAAUUACGAUGUCUCCGAUAAGGGCCAACAUACCACUAUAGUAGCAGAUCCAGUUAAUUUGAUAGAUGCUCCAGUCAUUGUUGGAAGCAAAGACAUUCCUCCGUUACUCUAUCAGGGAACUGGGCUGAUUGCAGAUUCGGAUAAUCCUUUAAUUUUACGCCUUUUAUCAGCAUCCACCUCGGCAUAUACCUACAAUCCAGACCAACAAGUUAAAGAAUAUCCACAUGGUGUUGGUAAAAACACUUUGUUGAUAGCGGCUCUACAGGCAAGGAAUAAUGCCCGAGUUUUGUUCUCGGGUUCGAUAUUUUUCUUCAGUGAUGAAGCGUUCACCAGUCCUGUUCAAAAGGGACAAGGUGGACAGAGAUAUGAGAAAUCUGGAAAUCAGAUAGUAGCUAAAGCCAUAGCACAGUGGGUAUUUAAAGAGAAUGGCGUAAUACGCGUGUCGUCUGUUCACCAUCACCGGAUUGGCGAAUCGCAGCCACCAGUCGCAUACACAAUCAUGGAUGACGUGGUAUAUUCAAUCGACGUCGAGCGACUCUCGGGCAACAAGUGGGUGCCCUAUGAGACAAACGAUCUACAGUUAGAAUUUGUACGGAUCGAUCCAUUCGUGCGUAUGACCAUGAAGCCGGUAGGAAAUGGUCGUUACGAAGGUAGAUUCAAGAUCCCCGAUGUAUAUGGAGUAUAUCAGUUCAAAGUAGACUACAAGCGCGUAGGACUGACGUAUCUCUACAGCACCACUCAAGUGUCUGUGCGUCCGCUGCAACACACGCAAUACGAACGCUUUAUACCGAGUGCAUUCCCGUAUUAUAUAAGUGCAUUCUCCAUGAUGGGCGGUGUGUUUCUGUUCUCUCUCGUCUUUCUCCACUACAAAGAUGAGACGAAAUCCAAAUCUGAAUAAUUUGAAUAGCUUGAUAUUUGCAGAUAUUGUUAUCAUUUGUUUUUUUUUUCGAUUGUGAAUAAACAUACCUUUUUUUUAACAUGAUAUAAUAGAAUGAAGUCAAAAGAAUGAAAAGUUUUAUUUUUAAAAUUAAUAUACUCUUUAUACUUUAAAGUAUAUUGUAUUGCACUGAAUUUAAUAUCGAUAUACAUAUUUAUUUUCAAUGUGUAUGCAAUAUUGAAUGAAUAUGUAAUACUAUGUUGCAAGAAUUACAUUUCUAUAUAUCAAGAUUUUGUGAAUCUGAUUAAAAAAAAAAUUUAAAAGGUAAACAUUGCCACGUAGUUUUCUUUAAAGUGUAGAGCACUGUUUCUAUAUACUAUAUAUAAUACAUUGCAUAGAUUUUUUGUACGUAAUACUAAGAGAUAAUAAUAGGAAGAAAUAAACAUUUAAUUAUUACAUGUA